AUGGUGAGAGAACAACUCCGCUACUUGUACUAUUUGCGGCCUAUUGAUUUUCCUGGGGUUGGGUACUAUUUGCGGCCUAUUGAUUUUCCUGGGGUUGGGUACUAUUUGCGGCCUAUUGAUUUUCCUGGGGUUGGGUACUAUUUGCGGCCUAUUGAUUUUCCUGGGGUUGGGUACUAUUUGCGGCCUAUUGAUUUUCCUGGGGUUGGGUACUAUUUGCGGCCUAUUGAUUUUCCUGGGGUUGGGUACUAUUUGCGGCCUAUUGAUUUUCCUGGGGUUGGGUACUAUUUGCGGCCUAUUGAUUUUCCUGGGGUUGGGUACUAUUUGCGGCCUAUUGAUUUUCCUGGGGUUGGGUACUAUUUGCGGCCUAUUGAUUUUCCUGGGGUUGGGUACUAUUUGCGGCCUAUUGAUUUUCCUGGGGUUGGGUACUAUUUGCGGCCUAUUGAUUUUCCUGGGGUUGGGUACUAUUUGCGGCCUAUUGAUUUUCCUGGGGUUGGGUACUAUUUGCGGCCUAUUGAUUUUCCUGGGGUUGGGUACUAUUUGCGGCCUAUUGAUUUUCCUGGGGUUGGGUACUAUUUGCGGCCUAUUGAUUUUCCUGGGGUUGGGUACUAUUUGCGGCCUAUUGAUUUUCCUGGGGUUGGGUACUAUUUGCGGCCUAUUGAUUUUCCUGGGGUUGGGUACUAUUUGCGGCCUAUUGAUUUUCCUGGGGUUGGGUACUAUUUGCGGCCUAUUGAUUUUCCUGGGGUUGGGUACUAUUUGCGGCCUAUUGAUUUUCCUGGGGUUGGGUACUAUUUGCGGCCUAUUGAUUUUCCUGGGGUUGGGUACUAUUUGCGGCCUAUUGAUUUUCCUGGGGUUGGGUACUAUUUGCGGCCUAUUGAUUUUCCUGGGGUUGGGUACUAUUUGCGGCCUAUUGAUUUUCCUGGGGUUGGGUACUAUUUGCGGCCUAUUGAUUUUCCUGGGGUUGGGUUGUGUGCUGUGCAACUGGCCACAGACUGUUAA